GGGGCGGGCUCUAGUCAGCAGCUCGGCAGCGGCAGGGGGAUUUGUGAUCGGACGCUGCGCAGCUCGGAGCAGGCAGCACCAUGGUGAAGAUCGCCUUCAGUUCUCCCUUCGCCCAGAAGGACGAGCCCAAGAAGGAUGCAGCCGAGGCACUGGUGGCUGACAAGGAUCCAGAAAUUGCAACACAUGGAAAUGAAAAUUCAUCUGGAAGAUGUUUAUUGACGCUUUUGGGUCUUGCAUUCAUCUUAGCAGGGGUUGUGGUUGGUGGAGCCUGCAUCUACAAGUACUUCAUGCCUAAGCAUAAGGUGUACCGUGGGGAAAUGUGUUACUUUGAAAAUGAAAAUCAGGAUCGUGCUCUAGAACCGUACUUCCUGCCCAUUGCAGAAGAAGCUGAUAUUCGGGAAGAUGAUAACAUAGCAAUCAUUGAUGUUCCAGUUCCGAAGUUCUCGGAUAGCGACCCAGCAGCUAUUGUUCAUGAUUUUGACAGGCUUCUGACUGCUUAUCUUGACUUACAACUGGGUAACUGCUAUGUGAUCCCUCUGAACACAUCCAUUGUUAUGCCACCAAGGAAUCUGAUGGACCUGUUCGCAAAACUGGCGACUGGUUCUUACUUGCCUCAGACUUAUCUAGUUCGUGAAGAAAUGGUGGUAACAGAAGAGAUAGAUAAUGUGUCUGAUUUGGGCAUCUUCAUUUACCAGCUUUGUGUAGGAAAAGAGACCUUCAGACUGCAGCGCAGAGAUCAGAGAGCAGGUCUCCAGAAGCGCUCAGCUGAGAACUGUCAUACAAUCAGACACUUUGAAAAUUCUUUUGUGGUUGAAACAAAGAUCUGUCAACAGUGAAAGACACUGGAUGGAAAGUGACUAUUUCACAUCUUCAUUAAAAAGUCUGAGCUUUACAGUUUGACUUCUAAAUUAAAAUGUGCAGUGAUAAUCAAAAGCCUUAUUAUGCAUCUCCUGUGUAUUGCUUGUAUUACAAAACACAAAAUCACCGUUUCAGCUUUCUUUGAUCCUUGGUAUAACAGAAUAUUUUUAGUUGUCUUACGUAAAACUGAAAUUUGAGACCUUUAGAAGAAAUGUGUUAUCAACUUAUCCAUUGAAUGUGUCUGACUUAGAAUUUUUCUGGGAAAGGCAGAAAAAAAAAA